AUGAUCGUGAAGUCGGGCGAGAAAGCAGAAGUGUCGCUGAUGAGAGAGGUGAAACGCAGACAGUGGACUUUGAGCAUGUCUGCAGCGCUGGCGCUCCAUUCCCCUUACACUCCCUGGCAAGGCAACGUGCCUUCUCUCCCUCGUUCUCGCCAAGCCGCUGCAGUCGUCUCUCUUCGAUCGAGUGCCAUGGCCUCUCACCCGACGGGAAAAGUCGCCAUUGUGGGCAGUGGGCUGAUCGGUCGGAGCUGGGCCAUGCUCUUCGCCAGCGCUGGAUAUCGAGUCUGUCUUUACGACGUGGACGGAGAGCAAGUCCCAAAAGCCCUGCUGGAUAUCCAAGUGCAACUGGAGGAAAUCGACAAUGCUGGGCUUCUCCGAGGGGAUUUGAACAAGAAUCAACAAUUCCAACUCAUCUCUGGGAACACCAACUUGGAAGAUGCCGUGAAGGGGGCCAUAUACGUGCAAGAAUGCGUGCCUGAAAACCUGGAACUGAAGCGAAAAGUGCUCACUCGUUUGGAUGAGCUGGUGGACGGGGAAAGAUGCAUAGUGGCGAGUUCCACGAGUUCCAUCGUCCCAUCCAAACUAACGCAGGGGCUGAAGAAGAAGGCUCGCAUGAUCGUAGCCCAUCCCGUCAAUCCGCCCUAUUACGUCCCCCUGGUGGAAAUCGUGCCUGCUCCUUGGACGCAUCCCGACGUCACUCAGCAGGUUCGCGAUAUCAUGAUCCAAAUCGGACAAAAGCCCGUGGUUCUCAAAAAGGAAAAGGAUGGCUUCGUCCUCAACAGAAUCCAGUAUGCGAUAAUAACAGAAUGCUGGCGUUUGAUGGAGGAAGGGAUAUUGGAACCGAGUGAGAUCGAUACGGUGAUGAGUGAAGGACUGGGAAUGCGAUAUGCCUUCUUGGGACCCUUGGAAACGGCUCACCUCAAUGCUCAGGGGAUGGGAGAAUACUGUGAGAAGUAUGGGGAGAUGAUUUUGCGAGUGGCGAAGGACUUCGGUCCGGUGCCGAGCAUGAAGGGGGAGACGCUGGAGAUGGUGACAAAGGACUUGGAGAGACGAGUGCCCAUCUCAUCUCUCCCUCAGCGGAGAGGAUGGAGGGACAAGUGCCUCAUGGCCCUCGCUUCCAUCAAAAACACCCAACCCUAGCAGUCCCCUCUUCAGUAGGUCUGCUGAUGAGGAGAGUCGGAAAAAUUAACAUCUCACUUUUUGGCUCCUGGAUGGAAUACAGAAACAACUUUGCUAUUUCCCUUGCA